CAGAACUGGAGAAAAGUCUCUGAGAGCUCACUGGGCCAUCCAACGCUCUGCUCAAAGGCAGGACAAGCAAGUUCUGUAAUGAUCCCAAAUCCAUGAUUAAGCCCAAAAAAAGCUCUUCCAUUCCACGCUCUCUUUUCCCCUUCCAGAUCAAGUGGUUGGCAAAAUGAAAUGUGGUGCUUAGAACUUAACUGGAAUUUCCCUCCCUUCACUCCCAGUAUGUAAAGACAGUAAUUCAUUACGUCUGUGAACUUCUUAACAUUUGUGAGAUUAAACAUCUGUAGCGCUGAUGAAAAUGGAGCAUGGACCAUAAGAAUUUGCAGGCAGCGAGCCCGUAGCCAAGUGAAAGCCCCACCCAGCCAUUCUCGGAACAAUGGCAGAGCUAGCAAGAUGACAAAAUGCAGCUAAAUUGAAAGUGUUGUUCCAGACCCAACACAGCCAAAAUGUCCAGCAGGGGUGGGAAAAAGAAGUCAACCAAGACUUCGCGCUCUGCAAAGGCUGGGGUCAUAUUCCCUGUUGGAAGAAUGCUGCGUUAUAUUAAGAAAGGCCACCCGAAGUACAGAAUUGGUGUAGGUGCUCCAGUGUACAUGGCUGCUGUACUGGAAUAUCUGACUGCGGAAAUUCUGGAAUUGGCUGGAAAUGCAGCAAGGGACAACAAGAAGGGUCGAGUCACUCCUAGACACAUCCUGUUGGCUGUAGCAAAUGAUGAAGAAUUAAAUCAGCUAUUGAAAGGGGUCACCAUAGCCAGUGGUGGAGUGUUACCCAAUAUUCACCCAGAGCUGUUGGCAAAGAAGCGGGGGUCAAAAGGAAAACUGGAAGCCAUCAUCACUCCACCUCCAGCAAAGAAGGCAAAGUCUCCAUCACAGAAAAAAACUGUAUCAAAGAAAACAGGUGGCAAGAAAGGGGCAAGGAAAUCCAAGAAGAAGCAGGGAGAAGUGAGCAAAUCAGCCAGUGCUGACAGUACAACAGAGGGAACUCCUGCAGAUGGUUUCACAGUCCUGUCCACAAAAAGUCUGUUUCUUGGCCAGAAGCUGAACCUUAUUCACAGUGAAAUCAGUAAUUUAGCCGGCUUCGAGGUGGAGGCCAUUAUCAAUCCUACCAAUGCUGACAUUGACCUUAAAGAUGACCUAGGGAGCACUUUGGAAAAGAAAGGCGGCAAGGAGUUUGUGGAAGCUGUCAUUGAGCUUCGGAAAAAGAACGGGCCCUUGGACAUAGCUGGAGCUGUUGUCAGUGCUGGCCACGGAUUGCCUGCAAAAUUUGUGAUCCACUGUAAUAGCCCAGGCUGGGGCUCAGACAAAUGCGAGGAGCUGCUGGAAAAGACAGUGAAGAACUGCUUGGCUCUGGCUGAUGAAAAGAAGCUGAAAUCAAUUGCGUUUCCUUCAAUUGGCAGUGGCAGAAAUGGUUUCCCAAAGCAAACAGCUGCCCAGCUGAUCCUGAAAGCCAUCUCCAGCUAUUUUGUGUCAACAAUGUCCUCUUCAAUCAAGACGGUGUACUUCGUGCUCUUUGACAGUGAGAGUAUAGGGAUAUACGUGCAGGAAAUGGCCAAACUAGAUGCCAACUAAGCAUAGAAACCUACACAGUACCAGCUCCCUUCUACCCAUCUUCUUCCCCCAAAUCCUUAACUCAUUGUGAAGCAGAACAUCCCUUAUUUUAAAUUUUGCUCAUCGAGGGAAAUAAAGGUGGUUUUUUUGGAUUUGUUUUAGUUUUAUUUUGUUUUUUACUUUCUAAAAUGUUUUAUGUUGGCACUGAUAGUUGGCAUUACUGCUGUUAAUGCACUGUAUACCAGGCAUCGUCUGAACUUAGUGUAAUCUAGGAGAUUUUAUAGUUUUAUUUUAAUGAAGUAUGGUUGAAGCAGAAAGCUGUUAGGAAUAUGUAGUCUUUUACUUGUGAAAGAAACAGGCCAACCCUAUUUUGUAACUGUGUUGUGGUGCUUUAUCAAUACAUUGAGUGGCGUUCCUUUCAUUUUUUAAAAGAACAGAUGCUAUAAACCUAAUUUGUGUUUGUUUAUUGUCUUAAUGAUAAAUCUGGAAGAAAAGAUACAGAAACCCUGUUGUUCUUAAUUAUAUUUACAAUUUUGAAAUCGUGUGAAUUGAUUUAGUAAAAUGUUUGAACUGUU